UUCGUCUUAUUAUUGGUCACCCUCCUAUAAACCUAUCUCUGCCAUCCCCUUGCCAGUGACUAAGGCAAAGAAGAUGGCUCCUACGUUCUGCCUCAAAGGUAAAGUUGUGGCUGUCUUUGGCGCAUCGGGGCCCACGGGUAUCGGCUUGGAAUCUGCCCGAGCCUGCGCUGAGUUAGGUGGCGAUGUCGCCCUUACAUACCUUUCGAGAGGAGAAGGCUGUAUCAGGAAUUCUAGCGAGCUCGCAGAAUCAUAUUAUGCCAAAGCUGAGGCGCAAAACUUUUUAGAGAGAGUUGAGAGGAGGUCACUGAGGUUGGUCUUAUUGGAACAUGUUAUUGCUCCAAGGUCGUCAGGACUCAUUUCAAGAGUUGAGGAUUUGGAUCGUUCAUUAUCACGUUGUACAUUUCAGGACACGUCGCUAAUUUUUCCCAAGAGCAAAUUUUCUACAUGUCGC